AUGUAUAAUAAUUUUGACCAAACUACCUUCAUUGUAUAUUCAUUUUUGACUAGAUCAUAUCAUGCAAUCACCUUCGGACCAAUAACUGCCACAUGCAAACCACUUAACAGGCGACAACAACUAUUGCAAAAUCUGAUGACUUGGAUUAUUUCCGGCCUCCACUAUCAUCACAACACACGACACCAUUUAUGCAACCUCCGCCAUCAUCAUACAAGACGCAAUUAUCCAGCCACCGUCUACCAUCCUAAUCAGUCUCCUACAGCCCUUCUUCACCAUCUUAGCCACACCAAAGACAAAGUUAUACACAAGGUAUGGAUGACAACCUGCAAAGCUUUGAAAAUUAUGGAGGAUGAAACGGAUGAUAUUGCUCGAUUUUUUUUUGGAAGAAGGUACAAUGCUCUUUUCGUCUUCAUUUAACUAAAAUCCCUAGUUAUAUGUAUAUCAAUAUUGGUAAUUUUCUAUUUCUCAAUUUAUAUCACAGUAAGAUGGGAAGCUAAAUCCUAUGCCAAAGUGAAUGAUGAUGUGUAUGUUAAUAUUGAUAAUGUUCUAUUUCUCAAUUUAUAUCAUACUAUGCCAAAGUUAUUAUUUUAUAUGUGGUUUGAUGUUUUUUUUAAUUGGUCAAGUCCGUAAUAUAUCGUAAAUUUUCUUAUUUAAAUAUAAUUAUAGAUUAUUUGUAUGUAAAGAAAUAAGGAUGAUGACAAAAACUAUUUUUAUUUAUAUAAGAAUACAAUUAUAAAUGAUUCGAUCAAAAAUACGAAAUUAUUCAUUUACGAUUGCAAAUUUUUAUGGAUUUUUUGUAUAAUUUAUGUUCUAUUCAUUCAUGAAGGGGUA